UGCAGUGAAGUGACGCAGUGGAAAUUGUUGUUGUUUGGGGUGUUUCUUUUAUAUUUUUAAAUUUUCAAAUUAAAUCUUUUGCAUCCUGCGUGUAUUUGGUAAUUUUCCGUAGUUGUUUGUAAGUAUUCGUAAAGGCCAAAGAUUCUUCUACCUGUCUGACGCUGUAUUGAGAGGUUUAGAAAUAAAAUAAAGCUAGAAAUAUGGAUUUAAAGAUCGCUGUUGUUUGUUCAAGUAACCAAAACCGAAGUAUGGAGGCUCACAAAUUCUUAAGUAAAAAAGGGUUUAAUGUGAAAUCAUAUGGAUCUGGCAAUCAAGUGAAGCUUCCUGGUGCGGCACAAAAUCAACCGAACGUUUAUUCGUUUAACACGACAUACGAUGAAAUGUACAAAGACCUUAUCCGUAAAGACAGACAACUAUACACACAGAAUGGAAUUCUCCACAUGUUAGAUAGAAAUAGAAGAAUAAAAGCAAGACCCGAAAGAUUUCAAGAUACGACAGAAUCCUUCGACAUCGUUAUUACCGCUGAAGAAAGAGUGUAUGAUCAAGUGGUUGAAAGUUUGGAAAGUCGAGUACCAGUGACGUAUUCACCAGUUCACGUGAUAAACGUCGAUAUACAAGAUAACCAUGAAGAAGCAACGUUAGGUGCUUUCCUCGUUUGCAGUCUCUGUGAAAAGAUAUCCAAGGCGGAAGACACUGAAGGCGAAAUCGACGAAAUUCUCGAAUCAUUCGAACGCAAAAACAGCAAUAGGAACAUUCUACACACUGUUGCGUUUUACUAAAUAAUAGAACAGAACAACUGACAUAAAUAUAACCCGAUUCAUGCAUGACCAUGGCUUGCACUAUUUUGACGCGGUUUCCCCUGGAGAAAUGAUGCAAGCCAUGUAAUGAUGUGAAUAAUGAAAGAAUAUCACGGUAGUGUGUUAACAAGUGAUGGUAGAUAGAGCGAAAUUCUCCUUUCUCGCGACGCCAUUUUGGACUACGGAGAAUUUGGUGAAGUCAAGUUAAAAGAAUAAUAGCUUUAGAAGAAUAAUCAUUCGGUGAAUUGAUAUGUAUUUCAAAUAUUUCACACCGCGUAGAUAUACAAUUUCUGCAAGAAUGUACCCGCGAAUUUGAUAGGUUUCGUGAGAAAGGCUAAUUUCGAAAGAAAUGUAAUAAUUUACGUCGCUUUAAAAUCGCUUAAACCAUGCACACCACAAUUGACUUAUUUAUUGUGUAUGAAGUUUCGAUUAGAGAAUAUUUUGUAAAUAUAGUGUUGAUAUAAAAUAUUUAGAAAGAUGUAUUUCUGUGGUGGGAUAUAUGAUAUAAAAAUGUAGUUCUCGUCGAGAGAACUUCUGCGGUCAUCAUUGAAUAUAGUGUUUCGUCUGUUAUCAAAAAGGUGUAGUUAGGACUUUCAUUGUAUUGUAUUGUAUCGUUUAGGUAUAUGCACGUUUUUGUGGUGUAUAUGCAUUCGCAAUAAAAUCAAAAUAU